AUGGCUACCAUUCUCAAAGUGACUACGUUAGCAAUCUUAUUGAGCAGCAGCUACGCAGGAAUUUUGCAUGGAAAUCAUCACCAUGGACAAAUCAGCCAUAGUUUAUCACCUCCACCUUUGCAAAGUUACUCAGGCUCCAGUUCAUUGUCUUCAAGUUUCUCACCCAGUUCCUUCCCCGAAGGUUCGCUUCCUUCAGCAACUUAUUCAGGAUCCGGUUUCAACAGCGGUGGUUUUGAAUCAAACUCGGGAUUAGGAUUAGGAUCCGCUGGAUUAACUGGAGUUUCUUUUGCGAGUGGAGGUUUAUCUGGAUCAGGAUUAAGUGGAUCGGGAUCAAUUGGACCUCUCGUUUCUGCGCCGGUUAGCGCUGGAGCUGCCUUACCAGGACUUGGAAGUGGACUACAGGCUGUUGGAUCUUCUUCAGUAGGCUUUGGGGGCAAUGGAUUUGUUGGUGGCGAUGGACUACCCGCUGGACCUAAAGCUCCAGUGAUCACUGAAAUUCAUGGUCUUGCAAACAACAACGGAGCACCCACUCAGUAUCGUGUACGUGAUGAAACAUACCAAGUCGUCCGCCAAGUAACCCACCGAGUUCCCCAGCCAGUACCAUACCCUGUGCCACAAAGGGUUCAAGUUCCCUAUCCUCAACCUUACCCUGUCCAAGUUCCAGUUGUAAGGAACGUACCUGUCCCAGUAGUGAAGAUUCAGCACGUGAAAGUUGACAAACCUGUACCUUACCCUGUUGAAAAAAUUGUCAAGGUUCCCGUAGAGAAAGUGGUCGAAGUACCUGUUGACCGCCCUGUUCCUGUUGAAAAGAUUGUUGAAGUACCAAUAGUCAAAGUUGUUCAGAUUCCAGUUCAUGUUGUAAAGAAAUAUCCAGUACCAGUAGUUAAGACUGUACAUCAUAAGGCUCACUCUAGCCACGGUCAUGGACACGGCUGGUCUAAAUGGUAA